GUAAUACUCAGCAGAUCAUUGUGUAAGGCAGCCCAGAGGAAAAAAAAACUUUGUAUAGAAUAAACACAACCCGAGUGUGUGCGGCCGGAGUGUGAGCAGUGCUGGGGGACAGGCAUGGCACCGGGGACCCUCUAAAUACCUCACCACAGGGACCAGGAACAGCUCCUGGGGGAGAAGGCAGGUCCCUGGCACCAUCACCACUGCACACAGGUACCAUCACCACUGCACACAGGCACCAUCACCACUGCACACAGGUACCAUCACCACUGCACACAGGCACCAUCACCACUGCACACAGGUACCAUCACCACUACACACAGGCACCAUCACCACUACACACAGGUACCAUCACCACUGCACACAGGCACCAUCACCACUGCACACAGGCACCAUCACCACUACACACAGGUACCAUCACCACUGCACACAGGCACCAUCACCACUGCACACAUGUACCAUCACCACUGCACACAGGCACCAUCACCACUGCACACAGGCACCAUCACCACUGCACACAGGCACCAUCACCACCGCACACAGGUACCAUCACCACUACACACAGGCACCAUCACCACUACACACAGGUACCAUCACCACUGCACACAGGCACCAUCACCACUGCACACAGGCACCAUCACCACUGCACACAGGCACCAUCACCACUACACACAGGUACCAUCACCACUGCACACAGGCACCAUCACCACUGCACACAUGUACCAUCACCACUGCACACAGGCACCAUCACCACUGCACACAGGCACCAUCACCACUGCACACAGGCACCAUCACCACUGCACACAGGCACCAUCACCACCGCACACAGGCACCAUCACCACCGCACACAGGCACCAUCACCACCGCACGCAGGCACCAAUCAACCCCUGCACACAGGCACCAAUCAACCCCUGAACACAGGCAUCAUCACCACUACACACACAGGCACCAUCUGAUAAGGUGAGAUGGGACACGAUCAAGUAGGCAAGUGGUGGGCAAAAGGAAAGGAGAAGUGCAGCCACCUAUUCAGUAGCAGUGGAGAAAAUCUGAAGGGUAGGAAAGGCAUGAUCUAUGUGUGGUUGCAAAAGAGAGAGGCAGAGUGGGGAGAAUGCUUUCCUUAGCUUUUCAAUCUUGUUGGUAAAGUAGCAUGCAAGGCUAUCGGCUGUAUACAGAGCCAGGGUACACUUUCGGUUGGGGAACUCUGUCUGAAUGGGUGACAUGCUUUAGGUGUCUCUAAAAUGUUAUUUCUUUAUAAAUCUCUUAUGUAUCAGACUGUGGGCCUGUACGUUGAGGUCUGGUAAUGACUGUGUUCUGUUCCGUUAUUGCCUGUGGGCGUUCCGUUCUGUUCCGUUAUUGCCUGUGGGCGUUCCGUUCUGUUCCGUUAUUGCCUGUGGGCGUUCCGUUCUGUUCCGUUAUUGCCUGUCGUUCCGUUCUGUCCGUUAUUGCCUGUGGCCGUUCCGUUCCGUCCGUUAUUGCCUGUGGCCGUUCCGUUCCGUCCCGUUAUUGCCUGUGGCCGUUCCGUUCCGUUCUGUCCCGUUAUUGCCUGUGGCCGUUCCGUUCCGUUCUGUCCCGUUAUUGCCUGUGGCCGUUCCGUUCCGUUCUCCGUCCCGUUAUUGCCUGUGGCCGUUCCGUUCCGUUCUGUCCCGUUAUUGCCUGUGGCCGUUCCGUUCCGUUCUGUCCCGUUAUUGCCUGUGGCCGUUCCGUUCCGUUCUGUCCUGUUAUUGCCUGUGGCCGUUCCGUUCUGUUCUGUCCUGUUAUUGCCUGUGGCCGUUCCGUUCUGUUCUGUCCUGUUAUUGCCUGUGGCCGUUCCGUUCUGUUCUGUCCUGUUAUUGCCUGUGGCCGUUCCGUUCUGUUCUGUCCUGUUAUUGCCUGUGGCCGUUCCGUUCUGUUCCGGUAUGGCCUGUGGCCGUUCCGUUCUGUUCCGGUAUGGCCUGUGGCCGUUCCAUUAUUGCCUGUGGGCGUUCCGUUCUGUUCCGUUAUUGCCUGAGAUAUAUUAUAAGGCAUAGGCAUCUCUGGUUGACUGCAACACCUUUGUGGGAAUGUCGUCCGUGAUGCCACCAGUCAGGUGGAUUUUUUUUUUUUUUUUUAAAUUUACAUUUUAUUCUACAGCCCAAGAGUAUGGAUGACUACUCCGGGGUUUGAGGACUUUUUAUUUUUUUUAUGUUCAUGAAUUCCUUAAUGCCAGAGAAAAUGUCCCUUUCCCUGGAACUAUUAUCAGUAGCAGGGUACUGCACAUCCCAUUUGUACCAAGUGAUGGGGCUAAGGGUGCCUGUGUGGAGAGAUUGGCUAAUAUUCUGCAUUAGGAUUAUCUACAUUCACUAACUCACACUGAACCACAAAUGAAGUGUGCUUACUCAGGGACGGAGGGAGGGACCAUAUAGUUAAAUAAUAAACGCUUAUUAUUCACAUCACCCCCAUCCAGCAAUGCAGGAUUUGUGAAGGAGGGAGUGGACAUAUGGCUGCUCUGUUUGCUUUUCUUACCAAACACCCUUUUGCAUAUGCACACUCCUUCUGUUGCUGCUGUUUUGACCCCCCCAUUCAUUAUUUCUGCCCGCUGACUUUUAUUAUGGAGUGGGGUAGUAUUUUUUUUAUAUAUAUAUAUAUAUAUAUGUUGCCCUUUGCUUGUGCACCCAGUAGGCAGAAUUAUUUGUCUUUUAGUUCAUAGCUAAAAAGCAGGCAAAUGAAAAUCCCAAAAUGUCAUUUCAGAGGCUUUCUGUGUCUAAAGUGACACUUUAAAUACCACAAUCAUUAUAUAUUAUAUUAUGGUAGUAAUUCCGCAGCUAUAAUGAUUUGGUUGUUUUUGUCAAAGCUGGGGGAAGGGCUUUUCCUCAUUACCCAGAGCUCACCCCCUCUGCCGGUUCAUGCCUUUCAAAGGAUGGUGGUAUAGCGGUACAGGCAUGUGAGUGAGGAGAGGUUUCAUUGCCCAAUACAUGAAGAAGGACUUUCUAUAUGAAACAAAGCAUCCCUGGCCACAAACCUGUAAUCCCUGUGUGACUCAUGCCAUGGUAUUUCUCAUGAUGAUUAUUAUUAUUAUUAUAAUUAUUAUUAUUAUUAUUUAUAUAGCGCCAACAAAUUCCGUAGCGCUGUACAAUGGGUGGACUAACAGACACAUAAUUGAGAUCAGACCACUGAUGUACAGGAACAUAGGGGGUUGAGGGCCCUGCUCGAUGAGCUUACAUGCUAGAGAUAAAGCAAUCUAUGGAAAUAUAACCUCUCUGAUGGUUAUUCUGAUAUUCUCUUGCAAAGUACUGCACGGCCCCAGUAGGCAGGCACCAGCAAAGUCAAGAUACCUCAGGUUUUAGGCAGUCCAUGUAUUAGAGACAGACUUCACAUUAGAGCACGUUACCGUUUGUUAACCCCUUAAGGACACCGCUUCAGAAGUCUUUUUUGCACUGAAAGGGACACUAUAGUAAAUACGAUACUUAGUAGUUGUUCUGGUGUCUACAGCCUGUCCCUGCAGGCUUUUUACUGUAAACACUGCUUUUUCAGAGAAAAGGCAUUGUUUACAUUACUACUUAGUAACCCAUACAAUCACUCUAACAGCCACUAGAGGUGCUUCCUGGGUCAGUGCUUCCGUGUGAAACACCUACAUUCAUUGUCUACACGCUCUGUAUGGAGAAGCUGAACACUACCCAUAGAGAUGCAUUGAUUUAAUGCUUGUCUAUGAGGAGAUGCUGAUUGGCACAGCACAGCGGUUUGCUGUGCAUGCGCAGUAUCCUGGAUAGGCAGAGAUAGUCAAAUUUGAUCUCACUCAUGGUGGCGGAAUGGGAUGGCUAAAAUCACAUAAUGCAAGCAAUAAGGGCAGGGCACCUAAACUGUGUCUUUAAAAAUAUACUGUCAGGAAUACUUGUUUGUGUUCCUUUAAGGACAUAAGCAAUUUUGAAAUUUAUUUGCUUUUUGUGUUCAACCGCAGUGUUCAUCUCUCAUUUAUUGUGCUCACACAUAUUAUAAACCGUUUUUUUUUAAAGGACAAAAUGGGUUUUAAUUUGAUGUGCAGCUGUGUGACGGGUACUAGCUUAUCGACUUCUUUGUGUUGUGUCUUAAUUCAGGCCAUAUGCUAAGUCAGGUAGGCUAAGGUGAGAUAUAAAAAAAACCAAGGGGAAACAUGCUAGGCUACAGGUAACACCAAAUUAGCUUAAUGGUCACUGGGUAUUUAACACUCCUGAAAAGCUCGGAGAACAGAAAUGCCUAUAUGGACAGGAAAAUAACAAUGAAGUCUCUUUUCAUCCCAUGCCAAAGGGAGGCCUCCAGAGACUGGUGUGUUCCAUGCUGGGCGUCCAUUUUAGGCAGCUCCACCAGCCCCAGGCCGUCACAAGAGCCCAUAUGCAAGUCCCACUGCUCCAGCCGCUCUCUGCGCUGCAAGCUAAAUCUCAGGAGGUCGGGAUGUGAAGUCGUAACUACCGAGUAGGUGAGGUAGGCAUUCGGGUAUUUCCCCUCCGGGCCUUCAGCCUAGGAAGACAGCAGCGGUUUAAGACUUUACAGGAGGUGGUUUCUUCCUCGAAGGCAUCUCACACUCGCCAGCACUCUCCUUCUUUUGCCUGCCACGAGGUGUUGUUGUUCGGGGGGUAAGCAUCUCUGCUCCGCCGGUCUCUGCUUCUCCUUCAGGGUUCGGUCUCCUCUGCUCUGUAACUUCUGCCAGAAUCUGUGGAACAGGUCGUCCAGUCGCGGUUCGAGCUACCUUUGCAGACUGCUUGUAGCUGCAGCAGGGUCAGCAGCCGCCAUCUUGGAUCAGUUGGCACGACCGUGUACUUGUUACAGGGGCUGACAGGUUGUAUGAGUCCCCUUGUAGCUGUUACUUGCCAGGAUGACCCCCACUUGGGGGGAGGGUGGAGGGCUGUCCUACUGCUUCAGCGUUUGCCAGCAGCUCAGGCAGCAGGGAGAUCGGCCGUUUCUCCUGCGCUCGCAUCCAACUGUAGGCCGUGAUUUCACCAUCAGGGUUGGCUUGUCCGUCCGGACUUGCGAACCUCCCAAAUUGAUUACCAGGGUGACACCGGUUCUACCCCAUGAUAUAUCAGCUUAUUAGCCAUAGAAAAAUGUCAGCUUAACUGCGUUUUUAGGGAGUUCUCGUACGGAGUGCUCGUUUCAUGCAACCAAGCAGCUGGGUGGUCUGGCCCCACCCCCGGAUUUCAAUUUAUUUUUGGUAGCUACAGGAUCCAAAAUAGGAGUAAAAUAAAAUUUCAAUGUGGAGCAAUUUUUUUAGAAUUUGGUAUGUUUGUUUUUGUAAGCCUAAUAACCAUCACCGAGAAAACAAAAUUGCCACACAUAUAAAGACAUCAGUCUAUUUACCUAAGGGUAUAUUUACCCUUUUUACGUAGACAUUUUAACAGGUAAUCUUUGCUAAAUAUUGUAGUAAAAUGUGUUUCACAUGAACAUACACACACAUAACAAGUUGUUGUUUUUUUUAUUUUUUUAUUAUUUAAUAAGUCUGUGUUUCAGAAACCUGAUGUGUACUGAUCCUGUACCAUAUUGUAAUAUUUGUUUUUGUAAAAAUUGGCAAAUUGAAGAUGGAUCUUUGGGGCAUUUUAUUGGUUCUUGUAUUUAAAGAAUGCCAUAAAUGCACACCACGGGGAUUCUCACACUCAUAAUAUAUUUUGAGGUGCACUUUUUUUAUUUAUUUUUUUCAAAGUUUGUGGUAUUUUCAAUUUUUCCAUACUUUUAGUAUUUUUAUUUAUUUAUUUAUUGCUGAUUUUAUUUUAUUUUUUCUAAAUCUUUUGUCCCACUGUCAUUAUCUUAAAAAAUUAUCUUAACUGUACUCCCCAACAUAUCCGGAGUACAACAAUACCCCAUAUGUAUAUUUUUGGAAAGCAACAAUAUUAAUCUUAGUCUUAAUAUCAAUCUAAACUAAAUCCUAAUCCCAAAUCUAAUACUAAACCUCAUUAAGACCCAUAUCCUAAUCCUAUACCUCACCCUAAUUAUAACUUUAAUCUUCAUUCUAACCCUCACAAUUGUUUUAAGAUAACCUCUGCUGAUGUAAUUAAAACAUUAUAUGGAAUCCUAUUUAAAUAUAUUAUUUCUUGUUAUCUACAGGAUACUAAUAAACUAAUGUCAUAUUUUUUUAUUUUUUUUCCCUUCAGGUUCUACAAAGCAAGCUUCUGCUUUAAGCACCCAUCUUGUCACAAGGAUGUCAAUGUAACAAAGUCAAUACAGAAGUAGUGCUUGCUUGGUGAAUCUGGAACAUGCCUGUCUGCUUUCAAAACAUUAAAUAAUAAAGGUUUUCACCAGGAAGUGGAGUAAGCGAAGAGGAAAAGCAUUUUUUAAAACACAUUUUUAAGUAGUUGUAAUUUUUUUUUUUUUAAAAGCUCUGUUUAUAAGAGUGGAAAAAAAAAAAAGCUGGGAAAACCUUCUGAAUUGUCAUAUGUUUUAUUAGAUUUUUUUUUUCUUUUAGUAAACCAUGAAAACAUGUAAGAAGGCUUUAUAGACAAUAAGCCAUUGUUUCUAGAAAUUAUAUUUAUAAAAAUAAAAAAAAAUUUGUGCAGGAUUGUUUACAACAGACUGACAGAUGCAUUGAUUUAUUGAUAAAUGUUAUUUAAAAAUCUAUAUAUUUGAAAACAAACUUUUUGAGUAAUUGAAAUUUUUUUUAUUUUUUUUUGGCCUGUUUGGAUAGAAAAAAAUAUUUAGAAUUUAUAGAAUUUAAGACGAACCAAAGUGCUGUUACAAAGAAAAAUCAAAAAAUUCCUAGGGUUUUUUUUUUUUUUUGUAUACAAUGGAGCACAGUGCUGACGACUUGAAAAUGGAUCUGGGCAAUGAAACCAAUAUUGAAAAUACAGUGGUGGACAACUGUGAGGUACCAGAGCCUGAAGAUAAAACUGGUGACAUGGGUAUCGUUCAAGAUGAUGGAACAAAAAAAUUAGCUGAAGAUUUGAAGUGUGAGGAAAGGGAUUCAGAUUUGGCUUCUGAGACAGGGAAUAAUCAAGAGAUGAUGGAUCAGUGUGAGUCUUCUGCUAUGAAUAGUGAGCAAAGUACCACUGAGUCGAACCAAGAAACAGAGGACGGUAACUCUCAAUGUACACCAGGGUCCAGCAGAGUUACUGAGCAGUCUAUGUCUGCGGAAUCUGAUCAGCCGGAGAGCUAUCAACCUUCUGAAGGCAAGCCUGAUGGCGAAAACCCAUCCUUACAAAACUUGCUGUGCUCUAGCACUAGUGUAAGCCCUUCGGAAGAGGUGUCCGAUGCUACUGCUUCCAAGUCCCCCGGAAAUGAGGCUGGUGUAGACUACUAUUUUGUAAAAUGGAUAAAUUGGAAAGGGGAAAGGACCCCUGUCAUAACCCAGAGCGAGAAUGGACCAUGUCCUCUGCUGGCCAUCAUGAACAUCCUCUUCCUGCGGUGGAAGGUAAGGCUUUCUAGCCACGAUCAGAUUUUCACUUGGUAUUCCUAACCUUAGUAGUUUUUUUUAGGGGGCAAAGAAUGGGUAGAGGAUUGACUGAAAGCAUGAACUUCAUAUCUUCAGCAUAUUUAUAGUUUUUGUUAUCCAAAUUUAUAAUGUAUUACUUUAUUUAAAUGAAAAGAAACAUGCAGUUGCCUAUUUUUCAGAUUUUUGCUGUAAUUAUCUAAACCAUAUAUUCACCAAUGUUCAGCUUGGCUGAAGUAUUGGUUGAUGUUGGCACCGAUACUAGCCAGGAUUAAUGAAAUAUUGCAUUGGACGACAUUAUUUAAUAAAGGUUAAGAAAGGUGGGAGAAGUGUAGUGAAUAGUGAUUAUCCAUUUAAUCACUGACAAAAUACCAAUGUCCUUCAGUCCUUCAUACACCAGAACACAGCAACUUUCCAGAGAUCUAACAGAACUGUGGAAUGGUUCUAAAUGCUCACAAACUGUGGAUCUGACAUGUCGUAGAAUCUUGAAUAGUCCGUUGUAAAAUCUAGGAGAUCUGAUGAGAGUUCACAUCAGGUUUUACCUACAGGUAGUUCACAGAGAACAAAUAAUGUAGGUGUUUGUAUCAACUGGAUUAAAAACGAUAAAUCCACUGAUGAUAAUAUACUUUCUCACCAUGUCGUUUGUAGUGCAUUUAUGGCUCUGUACCUAGUUCAGUAGUUAUGCGUGUUACUAAUCCCACACUAAGUGCUUUGUUUUUCUCAUACAUUUUUAAUGUACAGUUGAUUGAGCACCGUUGGCUCUUACUAUGUGUGUCUGACCAUUGGUAUAAAUAUAGCAAUGUAUUGUCCUUACAGGUGAAGUUACCCCCCCAGAAGGAAGUGAUCACAUCUGAGGAGCUUAUGGCGCACCUGGGUAAGAGUUAUUCACGUUGCUGUGAUGAUCGGCAUUUGUGUAAAGGUGAACAUUUUCCAGGAAUUUCGUAGCUGUAGGAGAAAAAAAAAAGUAACAUUUAUGGAUUCCUAUUAUUCAUAGUGGCAAUUAGAGACCUGUACUUUGCAAAGCUUUUUAUGUCUUACUACAGUUGCUCCCACUGUAAAUACUGAAUAUGUUUUGGGGGGAGGAAGCUGUAAUCCAGUUGUUGGAACCAAAUGUGUCACCUCCUCAAGCAAGUGGAGAUUGAGAGCAAGGUACAGGCAAACAGGGCAGUGAUCAUUCUGUGUAAAUCGGCAAUGAAAGACAAGCAUGCAGACAUUCAUAGAAACCAUUGGAAGUUUUUUUUUUUUUUUUUUUAUUGCCUUUUCUAUGCUUCAAAUCCGUACCCCUGAGGUGUGAAAAAUGUAAAAGAAGAAUGCCGCACCUCUUUAAUGUGCAACCGGGCUCUUCCAUUUUAGCUCCCUGCCAAACAAUGCUGUGAGCUCUGUCCUUUACAGAGAAGAGGAGAAAAUAAACAAUGCUUCUAUUUCUCCUCCUCAUUGCCAGGGUUUCAAACUUUAUUAUUUUGUCAUUAGCCAAGUCUACACAACACAAGCUCCAGGUGAGUUUUUUAAUGUUCUAUUGGAUUGUGUAAAUUCCAAAAAAGUGACUGUUACACUUAAAAGUACACUAAAAUAACCCAGACCUCUUCAUCUCUGUGAAGUAGUGUUGGUGAAAUGGUCCAGUCAUUUUAACCCUGCAAUGUAAAACAGUGCAUUUAAAAAAAAAAAAAAAUGAAUAAUAAUAAUUCUUCAGGGUUAAAUCCACAUGCAGUGGCUGUCAUAUUGGCGGCCUCUAGAGCCCUGAACCCUAGUGGCGGCCUCUAGAGCCCUGAACCCUAGUGGCGGCCUCUAGAGCCCUGAACCCUAGUGGCGGCCUCUAGAGCCCUGAACCCUAGUGGCGGCCUCUAGAGCGCUGAACCCUAGUGGCGGCCUCUACAGGCGCUUUCAUGGUCGCAUGACGCGGAAACUCAUUCAGUGGGAAGCUUUGAAACCUGUGCAAUGAAUGCUCCUCUGAGGACUGGAUCAUCACAGAGCAUGGUUAUGCCUCUUCUAUGACAUUGACAGAAGCAGAGAGAUGAGCAGCCCUGACGAAGUCCCAGAGCUGGAAAAAAUUAAUUUUAUGGCAAAUGGGAAGCAGGGCACCAAACUAGAUAAGUACAGGGACACUAGCAUUGGGAGUACAAGUGUGCAUUCCUAACGUAGUGUUUAACAGAUUCUGAAUAUGAGGAGCCAUAAUCGAUAACUCUGUUUAUAAAGAGGUUCUGCAGGAGCCAACACAGACCUAUUGUUUAAUUCUGCCAAACAAGUUAGUGCAGGGGAUCUGUACCACAUGCAGAGAUUCCGGUUUUUCUAAGAGCACACAUUUAUCAAGAUAACACGAACAUGGCACUGUAUGGGGAGAGAGAGCCUGCUCCAGUGAGGAAUUUAAGCACUGUUGGAAAACGUUUUGCUAGGUGCUAGAGGCCGCCACGCUGGCUGGGUUUGGCAUUUCAGAAUGAUUACUGUGUCAAACCACCUCUUAAGCAAACACACCUUGCAAAUCCAAAGCAGAGUAAAAAGCGAGUUUGUUGUUUGCUGUUGGAUUGAGUUUAAAAGUCUGUUUUAUUGUGAUGUGAGGACAUAGUACAUGUAAAUAUCUACUAUUCAUGAGUGUGGGAUAAUUAUCUUGGCUGUUUGUAUUUGCAAAAUAUUAUUACACCUUAACCCCUUAAGGUCACAGCUUUAAAAGCUUGUCUUGCCCUUAAGGACACAAUCCAUUUUUGCAUGUUUUGCUGUUUGUGUUCAAACGCAAUUUGCAUCUCUGUCAUUUAUUGCACCAACACAUAUAUUAUAUUAUAUUAUAUACCGUUUUUUAGAUGUCAAAAGGGGCUUUAACCCCUUGAGGACACAUGACAUGUGACAUGUCAUGAUUCCAUUUUAUUCCAGAAGUUUGGUCCUUAAGGGGUUAAUUUCUCACAUAUCCAUAGAUAUUAUCCAAAGAUAAGCUGGUGUGUGCUAUUUCUGCACAUUGUGUUCAGCUACAUCUGCUGAGUAUAACGAUACCCCCAUUGUAUGCCUUUGGCACUAUUCUGUAAAGUUACUAUGCCAAAUAAGAGACAAGGCUAUUUCAGUUUCUAUAGUUAGAAUUUUCAUAGAUGGAUUUGAUGGCACUAUGUCUCAUUUUGGGGUGUUAUAGCAGUUUGACUGUUCAAAUAACCCCACAAAGGCCUUUCAUUUGAUAAAGCAGACACUCAGGGGUAUCUUAUAUGGCGUAUAUUGUGCCUUAAAGGACCACUCUAGGCACCCAGACCACUUCAGCUUAAUGAAGUGGUCUGGGUGCCAGGUCCCUCUAGGAUUAACCCAUUUUUCUAUAAGCAUAGCAGUUUCAGAGAAACUGCUAUGUUUAUAAAUGGGUUAAUCCAGCCUCCAAAGCCUCUAGUGGCUGUCUCAUUGACAGCCGCUAGAGACGCUUACGUUAUUCUCACUGUGAAAAUCACAGUGAGAACACGAAAGCCGGCUGAAUGCGCACGCAGCCGAAUGGGUGGAGAGGAGGAGGAUCGGAGGAGGAGAGCACAUUCAGGGCACUAUAGUGCCAGGAAAACGAGUAUGUUUUCCUGGCACUAUAGUGGUCCUUUAACUUGUCACCAUUUUUAUUUUUUUUUACCAUGUCAAUGUUUGUGGUGAGGGGGAAAAAUUGCAUUUUUACAUACACCUUGCAUUUUUGCUGAGUAUUUCUUACACUUGAUAUGUGCCACUGUCAUAAAAUCCCCCAAAUUAUGCUCCGUUACAUCUUCUGAGUAAAACAAUAUGCCCAGUGUAUGACCUAGACACUAUUUUGUGAAGUUACAGUGCUGUAAAAGAGACGUGACAAGUUCAGGUUUUUAAGUGUAUGUUUUGAUGCUGCCCUAUCCCAUUUUGAAGCACUUUAGCAUGCUACAUAUUCAAACUACACCAUAGAGGCAUACCCUUUCUUAAAUAAGACAUUCCAGGGUAUUUCAAAAGGCAUAUUUUUCCACUAGCUUGUACCAAGUGUAGUGGUAAUAAGCAUUUUUUUCUGCCUUUUUGACACUCAAAGUGAGUUUGCACAGUAUAUUUUGCAAACCUUAUGUGUGCUAUGGCUGUAUAAUAAUUCAUAUGUUGCUCAGCUAUGUUGUCUGAAUACAACAAUACCCCAGUAUGUACCUUUUCCAGGUAUAUGUGGAUGGUGAAGGGGCACAUUUGAGACGCAGCCAUUCUUUUUUUUUUUUUUUCUCUAACUUUGUAGUUUUCCGCUGUGUUCCAUUUGAGUAGUUUAGCUGGUUUGUUAUUCAAACUACUCCACAAAACCAUACAUUUUUUAAAUUUUUUUUAAGAAUACAACCUGGGGUAUUUCAAAAGACAUAUUUUGAACCUUAGCGUGGGAUAUUUUUCCGCUAGUUUGUUCCAGGUGUAGUGGUAAUGAGUGUUUUUUUAAAUGUAUUUUUUUUUUUUUUUACUCUUUUAAACUUUUUACUUUUUAAAACUUGUUGUUAAACUUUUGUUUUACUUAUUAAAUUUUUUUAUUUUUAAACUUCUCAAUUUUUAUAAACUUUAAAAAAACAUUUUUUUACCAUUAACCCCUGUCUAGAAGUAAGCAGCACUAACCUUACAUUUCCCAUAAUUCCCACCACCCCAGCUAUCAAAAUAUAUAAUUUUAAAAUAUAUUUAAAUUGAUUAAUGAAAUAGAUUGAACUUCCUGAGGGUUAAAAAAAUAAGUUAACCCUCAGGGGUUAAAAAAAUAAAAUCAAAUGACAGUAAAAUGUAGUCCCAGCCAAUUGAUCACUGUAGUCUGUAAUCAAUUGGCAGGGAAGGGGUUAAUUUUAUUAAAGGGGGGGUGGAAUUUAACUUUAUUUUUAUUUUUUACAGGGAGAAGCAGGACAUCACUGAUCCGUCUCCCUGCACUUCACGCUGACCGUGGAAGAGCAGGGAGUCGGAUUAGAAGUCUCUUCAGCACAUGUGCUCGCUCUGACAGGCUGUCAGAGUGAUCACAGCUGCAGGGACAUUUCAAUCGCCGGCGAUCGAUCACCAAGGCUGACCGGAGGAGGGUUAACGCCGCUACUGCGCCGAUUUGGGGUUAACUUUUUAGUAAAUUAUGAUAAUUUUCCGUCAAGGGUCCUUAAAGGGCAAGCUUGAUGGAAAAUUUCCGUUGAGCGUCGUGAAGGCGUUAAAUCAUUUGUUAGACAAGAUACAGACUCCUGUAAUGGAUUUACUGUCGAUUUCUAGACCACUAUUUCAAGUUAGCUGAUGAUGUGAAGCAAAGUAUUCAGAACAAGAUGAAAGCACUUCAUUUAAAGGGCCACUCAGGGCACCAUCACAACGUCAUAGAAAUUAAGUUGUUACAGUGCGAAGACUUCUCAGGUGUUGUCUUUCCUGAAAGGGUUAAACUGUUAAUGAAUGGUCUAACCCCAAAGUCUGCAAGCCAGUUCUGUCGCUGUGUCCUGAGGAUUCAUUCUGGAAGCCUUGAACCAGGCGCUGGUGAUCGGCUUAGAAAUAAGUAAUCUCAGCCAAUUCUGUAAAAGACACCCUGCCAUUUAUACGUUUUUUUUAAAUUAAUUAAUUAAUUUAUUUUCCACUCUUUUUACAAUGGGGACCUACAGAUCUGUUGAGUGCCCGGUCUGAGCAUUCCUGAUUGAAACCUCAGACAUUGAACGGAGGUGCAGGGCAAUCAGGCAUGUGCUUGCAGAUAUUGGGGUUAAACCAUUCGUUACGCUUUAACCCCUUCAAGUAAGACUGCACCUAGGACAUGCAUGAUAAAAACUCAACUGUGAUGAAGUUGUAAAUAGUGCCUGUAGUGAUCCCUUGAGAAAAUAGCUUUUAACACUCCUCUAUUGCAGCACAAUGGGUUGUAUUGCAGUGUAUCUAUGUAAUACACAUACACACCGCUUUUUACUGUGAAUUUCAUUGCUGUGAAUGAUACAUUAGUCCACACAGUCAGUCUGAUAUCUAUCCAGUAGCUGAUGUAGAGCAGAGUUCACUUAGUUUAUUUUUUAAGCAGAGCAUUUUUUUUGCACAAAGUCCAUACCUUUUAGUAUAAGAAAUCUGUGAAGAUGAUUGCCUAUGACUUUUGCAUGAAACAUGGAUUUUGCUAAAAAAAAAGUGGAAUUUUUCUCAACACUGUUGCUAUGCAUUGUGCGUAGUGUGUUCUAAUGAAUUGUUAGCUGUGGCACACUUACUGCAUACAGUGGGUUCCCUGGCAAACACAAGAGACCAGCGCUAAGCAUAUAAUGAAUGGCAGUGAAGAUGAACAUGUCGCUAUGAAUUGUAAGCCAUGGCACAUCUUAUGCGCAAAGUGCACUUUGUGGCUAAUGAUCCACUAUUUUUAUCUGUUUUCCGCUACUUGGAAAGGGGCAUCUGUGCUUCGUGUGGAUCUUGUGCAUGGGAAGUACAAGAAAAGUGUGAGAGACAUUGUAGUUGCAUUUUUGAUCGACAUUGUAUGGAAACGCCAAAAAGCAUGUACUCCACUUUUUGUGCACUUCCUGCUACAGACUCUUUAACAGAGUUACUCACUUUAAUGAGAACUCAAUGUGUAUUUCAAAUUUAAAGCCAGCUUUACUUCCAGUUUGGUUACUUUGUCCUUACAUUUGAAAUUCACUUGGAAUUGUCAUUUUAGUGCGUAACCCUGUGUGUAUCAGGCCUAACGCGUUUUAUUGCAGUCGAGAACUUUGAGGCUCUCCUGCACACAUUGCUCAAUACUGAGAGUUUAAUUGCCGUGGAGCUCUGUAAUUCUUACAUACCCACUGCAUUGUGUUUUAUAAUUGCGGUGCUCAUAUCUAGCAAGCCGAGAUCUUUAAAAAGAGGGACUCCACAAUGUGAAAGGGGUCUCGAAGAGGAAAAGUCCAAGAGGUAUUUUUUUCUCUCUCUUGGUAGUUCUAGUGUGGUAUUAUUAGGUUUUGCACACGUUCAUGCACUACAGAUACAGGUUCAGUGCUCGGACCUUUACAUCUCGAAAGGAACCUGUCACUACCAGUUUUGAAUUCCUACUGAGAUCCGGUCCAGUACAAGAAUUCCCUUUAACGUUCAUGGAAUCUCCUUCCUGCUGAGUUUUUAGCAAAGUUUGAGAUGAGGAUCUUCUUUAUUUACAUUGUGCUAGUACGGAUCAUUCACUUUUCCAAGAAAUGUGGACAAGUUGUACUAGAAAGCUAGCGUUUAUUUACAAGGCGGAACGGUGCAGGUCUUGUAUGAAACCAAUGCUCUGUAUAAACUGUCUAGCAGGUUAGGAGCAUUCAACCCACAUUACAUGAUUUAAGCUUUAUUUUGAGUAAACGUGUUGCAAUAUGUGUUAGAGGUGAAGCAAAGUAUUAGGAAAUCCAUGCAGUUUAGUGUGAUCUCAUUUCCGUUUAUGAAGUCUGAGCUAAUCAUUGUAUUAGAAUAGCCCAGCCUCCUGUGUAUGUUAAAGCAUCUGGCUUCAAUACUUCAGUACAACUACUUAACAAAUGCCUGAAUUGAAUUCUAUCCCUACAAUGUAAAAGGUGCCUGACUUGAUCUCCCCUGAAUAAGACCGGCUGUGUUAUUGUAAAAGCAAAAAAGCAGGACACGUGAUACUAUGAAUGACAGGCCUGACUGAAAGGGGUUUAUUGGGUUACCUUAAUUUCUGAUCUCCAUCAGUGCACAUGGUAAAGGUCUAGAGCAGGCACAGGCAACCUUUGGCCCUCCAGAUGUUUUGGACUACACCUCCCAUGAUGCUUUACCAGCAUUAUGGGUGUAAGAGCAUUAUGGGGGAUGUAGUCCACAACAUCUGGAGUGCCCUAAGGUAGCCUAUCCCUGUUCUAGAGCAAGCUUGUCAAACUCUAAGGCUAGCAUGGGCCAAAUAAACAAGGUUUAAGUUUAUGUGGGCCGCAAAAAAAAAAAGUAAAAUUUUCAUAGAAACGUAGGUUUAUUUUGAAAAGUACAUUAUUAAAAAAACAAAACAAAAAAACAGCACCCCCCUCUAGCCAAGAAGCAGACUCCACUCACAUUGCCAGUAUGCGACUCUGGAGUCCGGCGUCUGGUAUACCCCAAAUGGCGCCAUGCGCAUCCUGUGCCAAAGCGGAUCCUCCCGCUCCUCCUUGAAACCUUGUAAUGGUGGAGCACGUCGACGCCCCGUCGGAAUAUGACGUGACGUUGUGUGCCUCCGUGCACCUCCAGAUACUCCACUAUCCAGCCACGGCCAUCGCAACACUGACUGACAGACACAUACACACACACUGACAGACAGACACACACAUACACACACACUGAGAGACAGACACACUCACAUCAUUCCCUGGGGUCCAGUGGGGAUCUUCUAUCUAGAGAUCUCCUUCCUGCUCCUCACUGCUCCCUCGUGUGCAGUUUAGUGAUGCCAGGUGCCGGAAUAUGAUGUCCUAUUCCAGCAUCACUACAGACGGCACGCGCAAGUGAGCAGUGAGGAGCAGGAAGACUGAGCUCCCUCGCUGCCGCCAGCGUCCUGCUUCCUCUCCGGACAGGUAAGUUUUAGCAGAGUAGGCACUUGCAAUGUGGAGAAAGCAGGUGCCUUCUCUGCUUUAACACCAAGCAUGUACUCGCGGCUCACUGGGCCGCAAAAAUAUGCAUUGUGGGCCGCGUGUUUGACAUGCUUGGUCUAGAGGGCUUUUAUGAGGAUGUGUGAGGGGAGGUAAUUAUACAUUUUCAGGGAAACUUCUCAGUGCUAUUUUUCCUUUCACUUGUAUUUACUUUAGGAAAUGGGAAGUCUUUGUACACCUGGUGGCUAUCAACGAUGGGGUAGCUCCUAGACCACUGGGUUGUGUGGGUGCUUGUUUAGGGGGUCAAUAGAAAGGAUAGAUACAGUCUUGUACAAAGUCCACUCUGAUUAAACGUUUUUUCUUUUUUCACCGUACAGGCGACUGCAUUCUUUCUAUUCAACCACAAGAGAACUCCGAAGCUCUCCAGUUGAAUUUCCAGCAGGUUUGUGGACCGUAAACAAGCCCUACCUUAAAUUCUGGCCAUAACAUGACCUGAUUCCCCACAUUGUUUUAUUAACACUUUACAUGCAGCUCACACUCGAGUGAGGAAUGUCUAACCAGCUGGAGUACAGAAUGACUAUUCCUCUGCUGAUCUUGUUACCAGAUGUGGAUCUCAUAACCCAGACUGUUGUGCAGUUUUAUCAACAUAAAUUGCACAACAUCUGUUUGCCUGAAAUUCAAGUGAUCUUGUUAUUCCAAGUGUCAGAUUCCUUUUUUAUUGCACCCAUGAGGCUGCUGCAGGCCCAGUCUUUUUGCUGUUGUUUUUGUCUUGUAUAGGUAAUGUACUAAAAAUGUAUUCCAAUAUUAUUAUUAUUAUUAUUAUUAUUAUUAUUAUUAUUAUUUGAAAUAUCAAGAUUUAAACAUUUGAAGUUCCUGCAUUUGCUGCAAAUCCACAGGCUUAACAGCAUCUGCAGUGAGAUCUGGUCAGACCAGAAAGUGACCCAGCCAGACUUUAUUUACCCCCCUUUUUUUUUUUUUUUUUGCACUUUUUCUGGUGCAGUGAUAGGUUGAAAUCACAAAGUUCACUUCAGCCAACCCUCUCAAUAAAAUUGUUGCUUUCAGUGCUGGAUGGAAUUGAUAGUGUGGCAUUCUUUAUAAUCUUAGGGGCUGAAGGAUGGUUUUGUCUAUAAUGGUUUUUGUCAAACUGCUCUGGAGCAGUGUGUGUAAAGCCAUGGUAAAGCCCCUAUUGAGUGUGCAGUAGUUAUGGUGCUUAGACUGCCCCCAUGUCACACUUUGAUUGCACAACAGCUGGUUUCUUAUAGAUAAUCACAGGGGAGUGUGAUCUAGGGCCCUCUAUUAAUGCUUUAUGUAUAUUCUGUUUGUAUGGAAAUACAGAUUUUAUCGUUGAUACUUUAUUACCAUUAUGCGCAUGUUUUACCCCAAAAUUGCUAAGCUGGAAAGAAAUCUGGAGAAUUUUUGAGGUCUGUUACUUUUUUUUUUGUUUUUUUAAUUCCAUAGUGAAUUUCUUAUAAUUCCCAUUCUAGUGAAUAAUCCCAAAUUAUUUUAUUUUUAGGUUUUGAUAUAUUUCUUUUCGCCAUCUAUCUUUCCAGAAUGUUAACGAUGCAAUGACUGUGCUCCCCAAACUCUCCACUGGGCUGGAUGUUAACGUUCGUUUUACUGGGGUUCAGGACUUUGAGUACACUCCAGAAUGCAUAGUGUUUGACCUUCUAAAUAUUCCUUUGUACCACGGCUGGUUGGUGGAUCCGCAGGUACCGUAUUGUUUUUAUAUGCUUGAAUAGAAUACUAAACAAUCCGCCAAGAGUUCUCUUUCUAAGGAGCUGAGAAUUCUUGUAGUGUAUAUAGGUUUGAGUCUAUAAUGGAGCUUCACGACAAACUACUUACAAUAAUGUAUUUUAAUAAAACACUAUUUUGGGAUGGAGUAGCCCUUGCUCGCAUGUACUCCCCACGUUAAAAGAAAGCAAGAAUAAGCCUCCUUUUCUACCCCCAUGCCAAGAACAAGUUCUCACUCAGCCUGAUCUUCUCAGGUGAUGUUACUCUCCUUGAUUGCAUGGGGAGAGAUGUUAGGGAGGACUUGGGUGACGUGGGGGGGUGCCGCCAUUGGCCAUUUUUGCCACCGUGCUACGUGCACGGAUGACAAACUCAUUAUUCGCACCUGUGGCAGGAAAAGGGCUUCGACUCUUUUUUUAUAUGCAGCAUUUCUUAGCGAAACGCUGCCAUACAGAUACAUGGUUAAAAGGAGAAACUACUGUUGGACAAAUAGGCCCACGCUUGCUUUCUAUAAAAUAGCUUCCUGCGUUGUGGUUUGAAAAGCAGCCAAGCCAUCUGUCACAUUGCCCAUAAUGGCAGGAAUGUAAUGUACAUUGGCCGGCUGUGCCUAACACUGCACAAAAAAUGUGCGAAUGUUACCCACGUAAUUUACUGGGCUACUUCACAUUCAUUGGAGAAGCUGUGGAUUUCAAACCACCUGUGAAAAUAAAGCACCUGAUCUGAUAUGUUAUUAAAAGAAUAUCCUAGUGUGGGGUGCUGUUAUAAUUGCAGGUCUAUUCUAUGUCACCUGGUGGGUAGAAAUCUAUAUUUACCAUGCUGCCUGUUCCUCGUACUGGUGUAUCUAAUUGUAACCCCUUUAAAAGGACACACUAGGCAUCAUAACAACUCCUUUUAAAGGAGCACUUCGGUUUGAUGCAUUAUUCUAUGUGCAAAGAGUGUGCAGAUUUCAAUAGAAAUAGUCACUUAUAAAUUAACCUUGUUCAUCCCCCUGGCUGUCAGACAACUGGUCCUGUUACUUCCUGGUUUUUCGUUAGUGGUUUUUUGGUUUGUUUUUUUCAGUGGAGCUAAACUCAAGAGGCAGACAUUGCCCAGAGCAUCUGCCUUACAAAGACUAGAAUGUGUUGAUCCUAUAUUUCCGUUUUUUUAAUUGAAUUACUUUCCUAUUAGUAGUUUAAUUGUUGGAGAGUGUAAGUGGACAGGAUAUUAGGUUGCUCUGAUUUUCAAAAUCUAAGGGCUGUUUCUAUCCCCACAGUGCGCAGAGGCAGUUCAAGCCGUGGGAAAACUAAGCUACAACCAGCUCGUGGAGAAAAUAAUUACGUGCAAGCAUUCUAACGACCCCAACCUGGUCACUGAAGGUAAAUUGUUAUCACCGGCUGCUUUUAGCCCAUUUGUAAAAUCUGUGUCUAGUGCCUGGGGGAGGGUCUAUCCAUGUGUGUGGAGGAAGUGUUUUUAUCCUUUGCUGAUCUGGAGUAAGAUGUCCUGCGCGGCGUUGGUGCAUUGUGUGUCCUGCGCGGCGUUGGUGCAUUGUGUGUCCUGCGCGGCGUUGGUGCAUUGUGUGUCCUGCACGGCGUUGGUGCAUUGUGUGUCCUGGGCGGCGUUGGUGCAUUGUGUGUCCUGCGCAGCGUUGGUGCAUUGUGUGUCCUGCGCGGCGUUGGUGCGUUGUGUGUCCUGCGCGGCGUUGGUGCGUUGUGUGUCCUGCGCGGCGUUGGUGCGUUGUGUGUCCUGCGCGGCGUAGGUGCGUUGUGUGUCCUGCGCGGCGUAGGUGCGUUGUGUGUCCUGCGCGGCGUAGGUGCGUUGCGUGUCCUGCGCGGCGUUGGUGCAUUGCGUGUCCUGCGCGCCGUUGGUGCAUUGCGUGUCCUGCGCGGCGUUGGUGCAUUGCGUGUCCUGCGCGGCGUUGGUGCAUUGCGUGUCCUGAAAUUGACAAGAAGGAAUGCUGCUGUUUUUUUAUGCAACCAAAGCUCUGUAUAAACAAAGCAGGUUAGGAGCAUUGAACUGGUUCUAUUACCCACGCUUUGUUACGGUGAGUAGACGUGUUGCAAUAUGUGUUAGAGGUUAAGCAAAGCAUUAGGAAAUCCAUGCAGUUUAGUGUGAUCUCAUUUCCGUUCGUGAAGUCUGAGCUAAUCAUUGUAUUAGAAUAGCAAGAUUUCACAGGUUUUUGUUGAAAUUGGUAGUAAAUGUUUCCUGGUAGCCAGGGACUCCUAGGCCUGUGUCAACAAAACAUUGUUAAACUUUCAAAUUCUAGCAAUGACCUUCCCAACACUGGCAAAUAGAUUGUAUGACAGUAAUAGGUUUCCUGGUUUAAAAUUUUUUUUUUUUUUAAAUUCAUUGAGGAAAAGUGUAAAAAUAUCUUUCAAUCUUUAGAAUAUUAAAAUGAUCUCUUACAUUAGGCAGGUAUGAAAUUGCCUGUACAGUAUGGAAUGCACACAUUUGUCUGAUUGGGCUGCCUCCUGUCUUUUGUAGGCCUCCUUGCAGAACAGUUUCUAGAGUCAUCUGCUACCCAGCUCACUUACCACGGACUGUGCGAGUUAAUGGCUGCAGUGAAGGAAGGGGAACUCGGUGUCUUUUUUAGAAACAAUCAUUUCAGUGCACUAAUAAAGCACAAGGUGAGAGUGUAAAUGUUCUAGAAUAAGCCUGGCUGAAUCAUAAUAAUGUAGGUGGGGGUGGAGGGGGGGGGAGGCCUUCAAGAUUAUCAUGAUCAGCUCUGCAAAUGUUCCUGUUCAUGCUGUCGCUCCAAUGAAGGCCAAAAACAAGACAACUUAAAGGGACACUCUAAGCACCAAACACCUUAAUGAAGCUGUCUUGGUGUAUAGAACAUGCCCCUGCAGCCUCAUAGCUCGAUUCUCUGCCAUUUAGGAGUUAAAUGGUUUGGUUUUUGGUUUUAUGCAGUUACAGCCACACCUCCCCAAAGAAAUGGUUUCAUUUUCAAUAUGAUGUAACAGCACAGUGUUUUUACUUUAGAAGUUUGCAUCUGCUGCUCUGUUAAUUGAACUUCAGUCACUUACAGGCAGCUCCUGCAAACUCUAGCAGGCUAUUAACAGAACAGUAUACAAGAAAUUCUAAAUUAAACCGACUGUGCAGUAUAGAAAGUUUGAACAUUAGAUCUCUUUUUACAGAAUGUGUGCAGGGAGACUUUAGGUCAUAUGCAGGUUAGUUGUGGCUAGAGGUACAUAAUUAAAGUGAUUUGAGCAGAUAAACUGCAGGGACAUGAUUUAUACACCUUGGCAACCAUAUACCACUAAAUAAAUACUCCAGCUGAUAUGUGCUACUGUAAUAGAAGUCCCUACAACUUGUAUACUUUGUUUUGUAAAUCACUGCAGGUGUAAGCCGUGUGCAGAGUGAUUGGGAUAACAAUCCUGGAAUGUUCAUUUUUCUCCUAUAUAUCAGAAGUGAUUCCGCCAUCCUUGGACCGUACAAGUAUAUGUAUGGUCUAAACUCGAGGUAGCUCUGGAUGUGCAGCAGCUACAGGAAUUGGGGGGAUUUUUUUUUUUUUUUUUUAUCCAAAACACCUGAAGGUGGUGCCAGUUAUAAGGAUAGCUGGGUGUUUUUGUAAAGUGUAGAAAUUUAGAUACUUAAAGGUCUACUUUCCAGAACUCAGCACGUUUUCCUUUUCUGCUAUUACAAUGAAUUAACCCAUACUAGGUUACUUUUCCCGGCUCCUGUUCAUGGGAGUUUCGAACUGGGACAAAGCUACUCCAUAAGAAACUAUGGAAACUGCAAUACCACUAGUUAUUUGCUAGAUGGCGUUGUAGUUUACCUGGUGUAAAUCCUAUACCUAGUGGGAUCACAUAUAAGGUCUCACUAGCUGCACAAUGCCAGUUUGGCUAGCAAGUAGAGCCUCCGUGGGCAGAACACCAAAUGUGCUACUUUGUUUCUGAGGUCCUAAAAAGACACAUCAGGUUAUCUAAAAUUAAAUCUGUAAGACCUUAGCAUUAAUCUAGAAAAUCCAUUGGGAGGAAAAGACGUGGGCGGCGCCCCAUCUUUGUCCAUCAUGUCUGGUGAAAUUGGAGAGAAAAUGUCCCCUUUGUCCACCAUCUGGUCAGUUGGAUGAAGGCUAAUAAUGACAGUGUGUUGACAAAGUAUUAGAACUUGGAAUCCCUUGACCCAGGGGCUGCCCACCCCAGGGCACAGAUGGCUGGGUACAGUACAGGCCCUUUCCUACCAGUGGAUUGUUCUAAGGAGAACCGCGUGGCAUGUGCCUGUUCUGUCACUGUGUGUGAAUUUGAAUGUAUAUGAACGUGAGUGUGUAUGUGUUUUCCUUAACAACAAAAUGAGUUAGGGGUUGGCCAGAGUGGAACACAAAUUAAAACAAAUUCUACCGUUUGGGAGAAAUGGGGGUGCCAACAUUUUUGUCCCAUAUGUUUCAUAACCUAUACGUGCCACUGUGUGUGUUCACUUACUUUUUGUGGUAUGGAACUUGAGGACCUCAUAGCACCAUCAUUGUAUUACCCCUACAUACACAAUUAGCUAGUGGUUGAAAGAUAUGACAAUGGCAGUUUGCAAAGCCCUACCCCAGUUGAAUAAUAUUAUUAUGAUUAAUUGUGUAGCAUCAAUUUAUUUGACAGCUCGGUGCAAUAGAUGGACUAACAAACAAACCGUUGCAACAAGACAAGUUGUAUGCUCAUAAACACAAGGUGCUGAGCUCCCCACAUUCUUUCCAAUCACUGCACUACCAAGCGAUCUGACUAUUAAUCACACAAUGCAGUGUCCUUAAUCUGAUCGUGUUAAAAUGGGAUUUCUGACGGCAUUGUAAAUCCUGUUUUACAUUUGUCAUUGGGAAUCGUGGAGUUGUUUUGGUGUAUUAUUCUAAUUAAUUAAGAUAUGUGGACUCUUUCUAUACAGGGCCACUUGUAUCUUCUGGUUACCGACCAAGGAUUUUUGCAAGAAGAAAAGGUGAUUUGGGAGAGCCUGCACAAUGUGGAAGGAGACAGCUGUUUCUGUGACUCGGAUUUUCAUUUGACCCCACAUCUGGAAAAGGAGGCCUCUUUCAACAACCCCCAACAGCUGCAGCAGAGACAGGUGGAUCAGGUAGGGGGUGUUACGGGGUAUAUCUAGGGAAGUGCAUCGGUCAGCCACACACUUCCAUCUGUUGUGUCUCCUGCUUUUGUCCCUCAUGUAGUUUUGGAAACUUCUGUUUGCAGAUUCUAUUAACUUUUGCUGAUCGUUCUUCUCCUGUAGAUAUAAUCUAGAGGCAGUUUUUUCAUAACCUAUAUAUUAUAAUUACACAGACAUCCCAACACAAGAAACAGAUUAGAACUUAAAGGACAUUGACCACCUCAAAACUACUUGUUAAUAUAUGUUCUACUGUAAUAAGUCCACUAUGUAUCUGCAGUACAGAAUGGCCACCUUCAUGUAUCCUUGUCAAGUUUUUGAGAAAAUCCAGAGCUGAAUUUAUAACAUGCAUAUUGCAGUUUUUAAGAAAAUAAAACAAAAAACAAAUUGUAGAGUUUUGGGGCAUUUAAUUAACUCAUAUUUUUAAAUUACUUCAGAAAUGCCUACCAUAUGUAAAAGUGUUCAACUUUGGGCCUAUCAUAUGAUCUACUUUGAGGUGCCAUUUUUCUUUCUUUUUUUUUCUUUAAAGUUUGUUAUAUUUUUACAUAGAACUUAAUUUUUGUUUUUUUUGUUUGUUUUUUUAAAAUUUAUUUUGUAUCUUGUGUCCCACUGUAAUCUUAACUAUACUCUGCAACAUCUCCUGAGUACAAUAGCCCAUAUGUAUACAUUUGCAAAGUAACAAUUUUAAUUCCAAUCUAAAUCUUAAAUCCUAAUACCCCAAUCCUUUGCCUAACCCGAAUUAUAAACCUAAAUCUCAAUCCAACCCCUAUAUUAGUGUAAGGAUUCCCUCUGCUGAUUUCAGCAGAGGAAUUCCCUUGCUGGCUGUAAUCUGAAAUCUAAUUCCCAAUCUUGAAAUUUAAUUCUAAACACAAUCUUGUGUAUAAACACAAUGCUAAUCUUCAGUCUUAUUCUAACCCUAUUCUUAACUAAUACCAAGAGUUUUCCCCUGAUAUCAGUACAGAUAUUGGCAAAGGGAAUUCAAAGCUAAAACAGAUAGUGGAAUGUUGCUGCCAUCUACUGGCUAUUUCAGUAUGACUUAAUCCUAUCUGUUACAUUGUAAUAUGCCCAAUGCAUUGAAAUCACUCCUGGGAGACUGACAAAGCUCAGCACUGAUCAGAAUGGCGUUGGGGCAUGGAGGGAGACACUCCAGGGUCUGUUCAGCCCAUCAAAUUCACAAAACAUAAGAUCCAGUGAGCGAAUCACUGUGGCUGAACUUGAUUGCUCACCUGCAGUGUUCUCUAUGGAGUUAAGGGCUGUAUGCACUGCAUGCACUAAAUAUGACCCCGGGUAUUCACUGACAACUGGAACACCUGGUGUGAGCUGGGGUUUAACCCUACUCACACCAAAUUUUCAGGAUGUGCCAUUGGCCACAGGCAUUAAAUCCCAGUAUAGCUGAGACGUAACAAAACGUCCUAACGUUGUGAAGUGGUUAAUGAACAGGGCUCUGAAAAGUAUGCAUCUUAUCGUCAUACUAGCUUUCUUGGUUUUAAAACGGACUUCUGUUAAAAGGCAACAGCAAUAUAUAUGCCCUUUAGUUAAAUUUACAUUAGAGUUUACAUUUUUAUUUUUUUUAUUUUAGGAUUAUAUGAUUGCUCUGUCAUUGCAACAACAGCAGCAGGGCCCUCUGGCAAUGAGUGACUUAGAGCUAGCCAGGCAGCUGCAGCAGGAGGAAUAUCAACAGCAACAACAACAACAACAACAGCAGCCUCCACCGCAACAGGAGGCGCAGCCGUCUUCACAGCAGGUAAAGCCCAAACCCCCUACCUUCCUGCAGGUAUAUCAGGCAGCGGAAUUCUAACCCUGCUGGUACCUGAACGAAGGUCUCUCUCACUCAGCUUCUAGGUGUCUCUGCCGGGCUAUGGCCAGGUGAUGUCAUAUCACGGAGCCAUGAGACUGUGUAACUCAAUACCUGCCCGGCAGCAGAGUAAGUGAUCAGUGCAGUCAGACGCUCAGAUCUCACCGCUUUUGUCCAACCUGACCUCAGCAACUGUACCAAAUCCCCGUCCAAUUCCAUGUAUGGAAUGUAUAAGCUAUCCCACUUGUAUGAGGCCUAUGGAUAUCUCCCCCAUACUAUCACGUCACUGACUCAAAGAUAUUGCUAAUAUAAAAUGCAUUAGUUAAAACGGAUUAAUAAAUCUAUAUUAAUUUGCUGCCUUUGUGUAUAAAGCUUACAAUACAUCACAAGCCGCUGGAAGGACCUACCAAGUGUUCACUGCUGUGUGUUCGCUUGAGCAGGGCCUUAAACACCAUCUGUUCCUGUGCGUCCAACUUUUCUUGUUGCAAAUACCCGACUGUUAGUCCACCUAUUGUACGGCGCUACAGAAUUUGCUGGCACUUUAUAAAUAUGUUCACUGCCUCAUAAUACAGAAACACAACCUCCAGCACUGUGAAAUGUACAAAGAGGGACCGAGCGCUCCGCAGCGGUCAAUAAGGACAUUAUUGCAAACCAUAGCUUGGCAACUUUUCAGCUCAAUAGUCCUUAUUAAGUCUUCUCACUAAACUUCUUUAGAGAUAGGGCGAUUUCAGGGUCAUGGGUACUUAGACUGAAACUACCAUGAUUCUCAGCCAGAGCCCUUAAGCCUUUACUACCCUAACCAUAAAGCACAGGCAGCGCUGGAAGAGCAGCAUAGGUUUGCAGCAGGCCUAGUAACGUUUUAGCAGGGUUCUAAAGUUAGAAUUCCAAGUGAAUUGAAAUUUUAGGACUAUGUUGUCGAACUGGAAUCAUAGCUGACUUGGCUAAUUUUUCCAGUUUGCCUAUUUUGGACUUAAAUUUUAAAUACACUUUGAAUUCUCUCCUUGGUGAAUUACCCUGUUAAUGUUUAUUUCACAUACACUCUUGCAUUUCUCGACCAUAUUGUUUUAGUUUGGCAAUGCUGUAUUCUCUUCAAGCUCUAAGUGGCGCCUAAGUGCAGACUAUUGUUCUCUGUUUACACUUAGAGAUCAUCCCUGGGACUUACACGAAUCUUAAGAAAAUUGAAAAAUCUUUUCAAAUUAUCCCCUAAUCUACAAUAAUCAGGCUUCUCCCUCACAAAUCAUUUACAAAGUUACAUAAAGUGGAUAUCCUUAAUCUCCUUGCUGUCUGGAUAUGACCUGGAGGUGUGAGGCCAAAGAGGAAAUCCAAAGCCUCAAGGCCCGAUCCACGCAUGCAGGUCACUGUGUGUGUGUGUGUGUGACCUUGAAUCUUCAGAAAUCCAGGAUAAGGCUUAAACAAUGGUUAACCUUUCAAACUGUAAUACUCUUACUAUGAUAUACAUCUGUGUAAAAUGUGGCUUGAUGACACUUAUGCUUUAUUUCUGAUUUGUAUUCUUAAAAAGCAUGGUACCAGCACAUUCCGGUGAUCAUGUGAUGUUUAGCACUCUCCCAAAUAUCCCUAUACAUCUUACAAGUGUCCUGUGAAAUACUUUCCCUGGAAAAGCUCCUAUGAGGAACAAGUAAUUAAACAGUUACACAUCGGAUCUCUAUGAUUAGGCAAAAUAUCUUUGAAAUUGCAUUGCUUCCCUCACGGAACUAAGAUGAAAUCCUUGUUCAUUUAAUCUAUCUUAAAGGGAUUCUCCAGUGCCAGAAAAAAACAAACCCGUUCCCCUGGCACUAGAGAAUCCUGGAGUGCUCCCCUCCCUCCCGGGAUGGGGGAUCCCAUGUCGCUGAAACCCCUUCAGCUACUUACCUGAAUCCAGCGCCAAUGGAAAAUAUGACGAUGGAGGGGUCCGUGAGGACGUCCAGCGUCGAAUAACGGACCAAAAAUCUGUUACGAAUCAGGAAUCGCCUGUAAACAUUAGAGUUUCUCUGGAACUGCAAUAUUUUACAUUGCAGCACUACGUGCAAAAUGGACACAGCACCUAGACCACUUUAAUUAGCUGAAGUGGUCUGGGUGCCUAAAUUGUCCCUUUAAUGAGAUGUAAUUACUUAGGGAAUAAAGCAAAUAAAAUGUGAAAUUCAAUGGAAAUCCCAACAAUACACAAUUUAGUGGAUAAACCGAGCUGUUUUUACAGUUGUUUUGGUGAAAUCCUUACAGCUCACAGUUUAUUGAAUAACCUAAUCACGUCAACCCGCUUUAAAACCGUAGCCGACCAUAGCGGACAUGCUAGGUGGUUUGAGAUGCCAUCAGCAGCUUUUAGGUUUUGCAGAUAUGCCCAUAUCUUGUUCAUACUGUUGAACACCGAAAUACAGUUACUAUGUGUACAUGUUUCAUUUACCAGCAUCAUUGUAUUCCAUAACCUGUUAGGGCUUCAUAGGUGCACUUGAAAUUGUAAGUACGUUUUCUAAUUUUGUGAAAUUUAUAUCAAAUUUUUUUUUUUCUCUAAUUUUUUUUUUUUCCUCUAAUUUUUGUUUUCUAAUCUGUCAUUUUGUUUUAGGCGAGGGCACAGCCUUCCGGACGCCCUUCUAGAGAACAAAGAUCACGGCCUAAGCAGGAAUCUGACUGCGUCUUGCUAUAGUGUGGAUCUUACUCCGAGUGAUGGCGUUAAUUGUGUUUCCUAUAAGGAGUGCCCAGAGGACCACUUCAGAGCAGAUCUGCUUCGACAUGUUCUGCAGCAGAUAUUAUAUUGCAGCUCCACUGAUCCUGCUAUGUUUAUAUAUGUAUUUUGAUCCCUUUUUUUCUAAUCACUCAAGGAGCUGUGUUUAUUCUCUGUUCUUUAUAUGACCUGAAUUUCCUAGAAACUAGCAGAAUUCCUACACUGUAAAAUACAGUCUUCUGUUGCUAUGCUUAAUUAUUUUGCAAUUUACAAUCCUAGUUGCCACGAGUGCACUUUUGUGACAACCUGAAACUUAAAGGACUCUUUAUUUUAUAUUUAAAGCAAAGACCAGUAGCUAGAAAGGGUUACAGUGUUUUCUCAGCCUACCAAGAAUAUUGCAACACUUGCUGUUGAUGUGCAGUAAUAUUGCCACACACAAUAAAGGUGUUUAUCUAUUAACACUAAUAGACAUAUACUACUUGUGACUGAAUGCCACCGGGUAUGUGGGUCUGCCACCUCAGACAGGGAUCCUUGCUGAGAACACGACCAUUUUAUAUCUCCCCCAGCUGAUCACCAUGCACAGGCCCAUCUGGGAAUGCCUCUUCUUACCAGUCAGGUAUUAACCCCUCUGCCUCCUCCUCCCAGUCAGGUAUCGACUCCUCUGCAUCCUUUUUGCAGUCACGUAUUGACCCCUCUUCCCUCUCCUCCCAGUCAGGUAUUGACCCCUCUUCCUUCUCCUCCCAGUCAGGUAUUAACCCCUCUUCCCUCUCCUCCCAGUCAGGUAUUGACCCCUCUUCCCUCUCCUCCCAGUCAAGUAUCAACCCAUUUCCUCCUCCUCCCAGUCAGUUAUCGACUCCUCUGCCAUCUUAUCACAGUCGGGUAUUGACCCCUCUUCCUCCUUUUCGCAGUCAGGUAUUGACCCCUCUGCUUGUCCUGUUUCCAACUACUACCUUUGUGGCAUUCAGGCCUAGCUCUUUCCUAACAUGUCCCUGACCAGGGCAGCUAGCAAGCAGUUCUGACAACUCUGCUAAUGGAAUUUCCAAACAAACCAGGUAGGAUACACAGCUCUUCAUUUUUGGACAAGGACUAGCCUUUGGUGACUUGUCCUUUUUAACAUAUGGUGACAGCCAUUUACAAUACAAAUAUACAAAAUAUUUGUAAAUAAGCAACCAUAAUUCAUACAUCAAAAUAUACAAUGCAAGUAACCCUUUUAAACACAAUAAAAGCAAAAAUAUAUACAUUUAACUGCCUAUUUGGGUGCUCUAAAUUGCAUACCAAUAAUAUGUACAUUUGACACGUCCAUUCAGUCAACAGAGGGGGCACUGCACAGUUAUCAAACUAACAAUGUAUAGUUUGCAAGUCAAAUGCUAGUGUCACACUGCUAUUCUAUACAUUAUUCAUAUGCCAGUCCUGCUGUAUCAUAUCUAUUGGGGCCCAGGAUGACUAAUGGAUUCCAGAUAGCAGUCAUAACUAGCAGAAUCUAAUAUAACCAGUAAUGUCUCAUCUGAUUUCCUGACCUCUUUUUCCUUACGGAAGUGAAUGAACUGCUGUAUUGCUAAUUCAAAAAAAAAAAAAAAAACCCCACAAAGAUCACCUUUGCGAUCUGUUUGUUUUCUAACUUUUUAGCAACAAGUGAUAAAUAGCUUGUUCCUUUCUAUCUUUUUAAAUGAAUUUAAUAUGAGCUUUUUCUGAUCCUCGUCAUUUUGCACUUAGGUUUGGUGAAGCCCCAAUCAAAAUGACAUUCUUAGAUUUAAAUUUUAUUUGUCUGUGCAAAGAUUUCGAGGGUUAAAUAAUGUUUUUGUUUUUUUGUUUUUGUUUUUUGUUAAUGUCAACACUCAUUAAGAGAUCUGUUGCAACCACCAUUACUCUCAGCCAGGAAGUUUGGAACUGUAGCAUGACAACAUCUAAUUAAUCUAUAUUCAAUACAGCUGUUGUAAACGGUAAUGUUGCUAUGACCUGGUCUUCUAACACAGAAUCUCUAUUUACUAAACAAAUGAGACCAGAACAGUUCCAGAAAGUGCGGUUCUAGUAACGAUUACAGACUAGGAAUGGAGACGUUUAUUCAUAACGUGCUAACUUUUUUGUGUGUUCUUCUGUUAAACUCUCCGAGCACCCGAGGCAACAGAACAAUGGUUGGGCACUGCCACUUAAUGCGAUUACUUGUCAUUUCUAAUUGUAAAUUAAGUUUUAGAAAACAUCCGUGAUCUUUUGAUGUGUAUAACCAGACAAUGUGUCCAGUCUAUUGUUCAUCAUGCCCAGGUACUCAAAGGGCCAAUGAAUUAAUGUAACGGCAAAUAAUUAACACUCCCUCUAAAUCUUCGUAGUCCGAAGAAGAAGGGGAAAAAAAAUAUUUUUAUAUUCAUAUACACAAUAACAAAGUUUGUCUCUUCCCCAAAACUGAUUUUUAUUUUUUGUAUAUCACUAGUUGGAACUGUGUUCUGUCUGAUUUAGUUGGGCUGAUGUCUAUCACAUUAUGUUUGCUUAGGCAUUAUCAAUGCAUUACAUUCCUGUUUAAAUUCACAAACCACUGGUAAAUUUCAAUAAAAUACAAGAAAAAGGGCAACAAGGUCUUAUCUUUUGCCAUAUGAAGCUUGGUUUUUAGGAACUGGAUGAAUUAGUUGGCAAAAUAAAGGGAUCGUUGAGGAACAAGUAUUUUCUUUUUUUUAUUAAAAACGUGUUUAAGUGAGAAGCUUUUUCAUUUCUUCUUUUACAUUAGUUUUUUUUUGUUUUAUUUUCCAUAAUAUCUCAAGCAUUUUAUUAGAUACAUUAAUGUGAUUUAGUGCAGAUAUACCUUUGUAAAGCUGAUGUAAACCAAUCUGCACCUAAUGGUUUUCAAAUUUAAAAACACUUUUUAGUAGUAUAACCCGAAAUAAAAAGCUGCAUGC